AUGUGGGCAUUCAGUGCACUCCGAACAAGUACCUUGCUGCAUCCAUCACAUGUCUCCAUCAUUCCAAAGCUAUCUUUGCGACUGACUCCCAACCCCAUUGAAAGACUAGCUAACACAUCCCUCUCGUGCGCAGAUAGCUGCGGGUUGUUCGAACAAGACAGUCCUGCAUGCAUACGAGAUCCAACCAAGGCUGAAGAUUGGUGUCUGUGGGGUGUGUGCACGUCUUGCGGAAUGGUCAAUGCCACUGCGAAGCUGAGGGUACCCAGGGAAAAUGCUUUCAUGGAUACCACAGUAGCCAGCAAAUAUUGGGGCUACUUCGGUCAAUGUUGUGAAGUCAAUGAUGCAGUGGCUCGAAUGUUAGUCAAGUUUACUGAUUGGGCUGUGAGGGAUUUGGAAGAUGAAGGGGAAAAAAAGAAACCUACAGUAGAAACCACAGUGAUUUUCUAUGUCAUUGCAGCGCACAAUGACAUGUCCAGAGAUGAACUCGUGGACAAAGCAUGCUGGAGUGGACUGGCUGGAAACAAGGCCACAGAAACACUCAAACGUGAGUCCACGCCGAUUGAGCCAGUAAAAAAAGCCCUCUGGCAUAACACGGUACCCUUGGGCAGUCUGUGGGCUAAUGCAAUUUUCUUAUAUAGCAGUGGUGGCAUUGAUUUACAGGCGGCGGCAGUGACGGCUAAGUGUGCUCAAUGUCAGAAUGAACUAGAAGACCAAGAAAAAACUUACAAAUUGGCUUGGGAUGAGCGACGGCAUCGGUACUGGUAUAUGAGGGUGGAUGACAUUUGGGUGACACCCCAGCAGCGUGUUAGACUUGGCGUCAGCAAGAAGCAACAGAAGCACAAGGAACUGAAGCAAACUCACAUGUAA